UCCUUCCCCUUUCAGUGUUAUAAUUUCCAUAAUGGCAAAAGUGCCAACAACAAUAUUGUUCAUGAUGGUCGUCGUUUUGGUGGAUCCAAUUCAUGGAGCACCACAACUUCCUUGUUUUUUCAUUUUUGGUGAUUCAUUGGCCGAUAAUGGCAAUAAUAACAACCUCCUCACCACAGCCAGAGUGAACUACCAGCCCUACGGGAUUGAUUUUCUCACUGGACCAACCGGAAGGUUUUGCAACGGCCGGACCACCGUUGACAUAUUAGCUCAACUUCUGGGUUUUGAGAAUCUCAUCCCACCAUUUGCAACUAGCAAUAAGGGUCCAGACAUUUUAAAAGGUCUAAAUUAUGCAUCUGGCGCUGCAGGAAUUCGAGUCGAAACUGGCUCCCAAUUGGGUGGUCAUAUCAGCUUAGAUCAGCAAUUACUUAAUCACCAAGUUACAGCCAUACGCAUUGCUUCUAUACUGGGAAGUAACCAAUCAGCUUUGCAGUAUUUAAACAAAUGCUUAUAUUCAGUUGGAAUGGGAAACAAUGAUUACAUUAACAAUUACUUCAAGCCUCAAUUUUAUCCCACCAGUCGCAUAUACACCCUUGAACAAUACACCACACUUCUUAUUGAACAAUAUUCUCGCCAAAUAAUGACUUUGAACAACAAGUAUGGAGCAAGGAAGGUGGCCUUGGUUGGGCUGGGACUUAUAGGCUGCACCCCAAAUGCGAUUUCAACAUUUGGAACGAAUGGGUCUGCAUGUGUUGAUAAAUUGAACAGUGCAGCCCAAAUGUUUAACCAAAAGCUUGUAUCUUUGGUCGAUCAGCUCAACGCCAAUCUGAGAGAUGCAAAAUUCAUCUAUGUCAACAGCUUUGGGAUGGGGUCGGGCGACCCUGCAGCUGCUGGAUUUAAGGUUGUGAAUGUUGGGUGCUGCCCAGUGAACAAUAUUGGUCAAUGUGCUGCUGGCCAAACUCCAUGCCAAAAUAGGAGUGAGUAUGUGUUUUGGGACGGAUUUCACCCCACUGAGGCCAUGAACCAGAUCACUGCAAUAAGAACAUACACUGCUUUUGAUCCGUCCGAUACUUACCCAACGGAUAUCAGUCACCUCGUUCAGCUUAGGUUAUAAUCAUGGAGCUCUUAUGAGAAGUCAUGCAAAUCUGAAUCUUCAUUCCUCUAUUGUAAUACAAUAAAAAAUGUGAUUCUUCACUUCAUUUGUAGGAAUCUUUAUAUGUUGUGCAGCGCCCGGCGCCGUUUGCUUUCAUAACAUUUUUUAGCCUCAGUUGGUUUGGAAUAACAACUUCCAUAAUGUAUUAAUCCAAAUUGAAUUUGGUUAUGAAUUGUAG